AUGUUGUCGCCGCCAGCCGAAGCACCCGCUUCAGAGUCUGCAGUCAUACCACCAACGCAACUUCAAUAUCCUCCUUAUCGUGAGCCGUCGUUCGAGAUGGCUGUAGCUCAAAGCUCUAAUAUUGCCAAAAUGAUUGUUCCGAUCUUGGAAGCCUCUCCAAGAGAUCCUCCGCAACGCUUGAUCCAAGAAGCAGAACGCCUCGCAGCCUAUCAGCGACCAGUGGAAAGACUCGUUGGAUUCAUCGGGAAUUCCGGGGCCGGGAAGAGCAGCACGAUUAAUUCUCUUUUUGACAACGAUGGCCUUGCGAAGACUGGUUCAUGUGGUUCUGCCGUGACCCCUUUUGCGGCUGAAUAUCGAUUUCGUCAGGCGGACCAAGGAGCUCCGUUCACCUUGUGCUGCAGGUUAAUGGUCGAACAUGAGUUGGGAAAAUACGUCGGCGAUCUGCUCCGUGACCUAUGGCGCAUUUCAUCGGCCGACAAAACAGACUCUGAAGAGAACGACCCGAAGAUCUUCGAGGAUACCAAGGCGGCACGGGACAUCUUUGAAACAACCUUCGGAGGAAUGGACGACUUCGACAUGGACCGCCUCAACUAUGACGACAAUAACGGCAGCAUGACUAAAGCCAAGAAUUACUUGAUGGAAUUGUGCAGCCGGUUGGAGUUUCCAGACAAUAUGACACCGGACGGCAUAUGGGUGGAGGAAGCACAAGAUGCAGAUGAGUGCGAUGACCACCAAUCACUACUCCAUGACCGUGGUCUCUGGCCUCUGGUGAUAAGUUUCUCCAUCUUCUCCGAUAGCCCCAUACUCGAAAACGGGCUCACGUUGAUCGACCUGCCGGGUUUUAAUGACACUAACCUGGCAAGGAUCAGGGCGGCAAGAAAAGCCCAGUCAAACUGUGACGAAGUUUGCCUCGUGGUCGAGAUUUCAAGGGCAACUGAUAAUCCCCUUCUUCAGCAGAAUUUGGAACACAUCCGAGCCAGGGCCGAAGCGCAGAAAGCUACAACCGUCAAUAUCACCAUUAUAUGCACAAAAUCUGCUGCAGACUUGGACAGAAAUCGAAGCUUAGAAAAGCUGGUCAAUACCUCCAAGCUCCUGUAUGCCAAGGCUGAGGUGCAAAAGGCCAAAGGGGCAGAUGAGAAAGUUAAGCAGCAUGCCCAGCGCCGACUGACGACGCUUCUCAUCACUACUCGAAAUGAGAAGGUACAAAAAGAUCUGCUCAAAAAGUAUGGUUCAUACGUGAAGGGCGGGAUACUCAAAGUGUUCUGUGUUGACAACGUCAUGUACUGGAACGCCACGGGGGACGAAGAGCGAGAAUUGAGCGGCAUUCCUGCUCUCCGACAACAUCUCAGAGAUCUUCCGGCCGAGUCUCUAUUCAAGGCAAGUGAUCUUUUCUUAGCUAAAAAGAUUCCAGCGCUUGUCAGCUCUUAUGCUACGUGGGUGGAGUCCUGCAGGAUUGACCUCGAACUUGAAAAUCGCCCGCCGCUUCCCGACGCGAGUGAGCUGAGAAUGUGUCUUAACAAAGUCGGACCCUGGGCCGAUGAGAUGCUCGGAGUCUUCGAAAGAUGUUUCAAUACGCCGUUGAAAGCUGCCUCAGAAUCGAUUCGAGCAGCUUGCCUCAAAGUCGCUCAAGGAUGGGAAAAAUGGAAAGCUGGGUCAGUAGCCUCGUGUGUGAGGCAUGACGGAAACUAUACGGGAGGCGCAUUGGGUCCCAGAAACUGGAACAACGAGCUAUUGCAGUGUUUCGACGAUGCGGUCAUGGGUCAGAGCUGGCACCAUUUUGAAGUCGAGACUGAUCCACUACUCACCGAAAUCGGGAACAUCAUCACGGUCUUCCAGGGUUAUGCAAGCCAAUGCUCUGCACUCCGAGCCCCCGUCAAUUUCCAAAAUUCCCUUGCCGCGAGGGUCGACGUCCUAAAGAGUACCAUUGAAGCCGAGAGAAAGUUCUAUCUCAAGGGAGUUGGGGCCAUGAGGAGCCACGCAAUUGGAACGCACCAGGACUCUUACAUUGUGGACUGCAUGCUCGAAACAUAUCGGGAAGCCAGUAGAGUUACAGGUCUUGGCUCGAAUAAGACGCGCCACUCUACCGUGCAAAAACGUGUUGGCAGUGAGGAUUUUGUCGAGGCUUUCAGGACGCACCUUUUGGAAGAGUUUCAGGAUGUUAUCAAUGGCGCAAGGGCCAGGAUCAAAGCGUCGUUAGAACUCGAGAUCGAGGCCAUCGAAUCGGACCUCGAAGCGAUCCAGCCCUCAAAAGACAAUCAGAGGUUGUUCAAGGUCUAUCCAGCUUACGGAGAAACGUGCGAGGAUCUCCUGUCGAAGGUGACCAAGCAACUCGAGGAAACAGAUGAGCUGGCCGGCACUGCCCGAGCGAUGGCGAAGGAACGCUAUGGCUGA